GAGUUGUAGUCGUUCACUUUGGGAGGGGCACGGGGAAGUGCAUAGCAUUCCCCAGCCCUGACUUUUGCUUCGGGUCUCUGCUGCACUGGUGCAGGCGGAUGACGGUUGCGGUUUAAGUUCUCUAGUUUAAAAGACAACAUGGACUACCGAAGCGCCAGUCACCGGCGACUGAGGGAGGGCGGGAACGGCACAGCACAAGGGGGAGGGAGGGCCGUGCGGCGCGUGCGUGACCCCGACGUAACCUCGGAGCUCUGAGUUUAGCGGGAUUUCCGAACUCGGCAUCCGCCGGCGAAGUGAGCGGGAGAGCGCGCGCUGGGGGCGGGAUCGGACGGGACCGGAACCGAAGCUCGCGGACGGUAGUCGAGCAACUGAACAAUCAGGACAAUGGCCAUGCAAAUGCAAUUUGAAGCUAGUGCAGACACCUCUGUGGAAGAAGAGAACAUUGGCCCACAGCCCAUUUCACGACUGGAGCAAUGUGGCAUAAAUGCCAAUGACUUGAAGAAAUUGGAAGAAGCUGGAUACCACACAGUUGAGGCCGUUGCCUAUGCACCAAAGAAGGAACUAAUAAAUAUUAAAGGCAUUAGUGAAGCCAAAGCUGAUAAGAUCCUGGCUGAGGCAGCUAAAUUGGUCCCAAUGGGUUUCACCACUGCAACUGAAUUUCAUCAGCAGCGGUCAGAAAUGAUACAGAUCACCACCGGCUCCAAAGAGCUUGAUAAGCUACUACAAGGUGGGAUUGAGACUGGGUCCAUCACAGAGAUAUUUGGGGAAUUUCGAACUGGGAAGACACAGAUUUGUCACACACUGGCUGUAACCUGUCAGCUCCCCAUAGACCGAGGUGGUGGUGAAGGGAAGGCGAUGUACAUUGAUACUGAGGGAACCUUCCGGCCAGAGCGAUUGCUGGCGGUGGCUGAAAGGUAUGGCCUGUCUGGCAGUGAUGUCCUGGAUAACGUGGCGUAUGCUCGAGGCUUCAACACUGACCACCAAACCCAGCUCCUUUAUCAGGCUUCAGCCAUGAUGGUUGAGUCCAGGUAUGCGUUGUUAAUUGUGGAUAGUGCUACAGCCCUCUAUCGGACGGAUUACUCUGGCCGAGGGGAGCUGUCAGCCAGACAGAUGCACUUAGCCAGGUUCCUUCGGAUGCUCCUGCGACUUGCUGAUGAGUUUGGUGUGGCAGUGGUGAUCACUAAUCAGGUGGUAGCCCAAGUAGACGGGGCAGCUAUGUUUGCUGCAGAUCCCAAAAAACCCAUUGGAGGAAACAUAAUUGCACAUGCCUCAACAACCAGGCUGUACCUAAGGAAAGGACGAGGAGAAACCAGGAUUUGCAAGAUCUAUGACUCUCCCUGCCUUCCUGAGGCUGAAGCUAUGUUUGCCAUUAAUGCUGAUGGAGUGGGAGAUGCCAAAGACUGAGGGGCUACUUUGAUUUCGCUUUUAAGUGUUUCUUUACAAAGAGGACUGUUCCCUGGUGUCCUUCACAGGCCAUUUCCUGUUGUGAGGGCCCCAGAAGAGACUUCUAGGAGACUUCUGUGAAAACAGCCAUUGUAUUUGCCCAUCUGAAGGUGUAAACAGAAGACAGGUCAGCAGUCAGGAACCCUGAUCUGAAAUGUUGAUUCCUUCUGAGUUUACUGACCUCUACGUGAUUUCUGUAGUCCUUGGUGGGGGGCGGGAGGGGGUGCAGAAUGGUUAGAAGCAACUCUUCUCAUAACAAUAUCUUUAGGUGGGCGUAAGAUUUCCAUUUGUCUGGAAUGUCUUUUUUUUCUUUUAACACAUGUGGCCACAACUGGACUAAGAACUUGAAAAAACUGGGCUCUUUUCCCCCCAUGAAAAUUAAGUGGCCCAGGGCUAUAACACAAAGGUUUCAAAUAAUCCCCUACUUAUCCCAAGCUUCUCACAGGGUCUUGUUUCCCUGACAGUAAAAUUCACCUGAAAGUUGUUAGGCGUCUGAGUUAGUGUAGGGAUUUUGUAUAUAGAUAUUUGUGUACCCAUUAAGAGAAGUCUUGAGUUGGAGGCCUGGAUUUAUGAGGCCACUUGCUUGGUCCCAAUUGAGCUCUUCCUUGACUGCUUGCAGUAAAGUUCUGGGGUCUUAGGUUAUUUCAGGAGCCUUUGCAAAGGGAUUUGAGCCCAAAAAUGAAAUAUAUGUUGGAGGUUGGAUUUUUGAGGCCAUCUUAUGUUAGGUAAAUGAAACAUCCUUUGUUGAGGCCUUACGUUAGCUAAAUAUUAUAAGAUAAGUUUUCUCUACCACCUUGCUAUUGAUGUUAUUUACUGCUUUGUUACGUUCAGUGGAGUGAGGCAUAUAUUUAGGGUCUUGCUAUAAAAAAUAUAGAUGAACAGCCAUGAGGGGAAUGGGAAAAGGGGCAGAAUCCCUGUCUUUAUUUGGUCAUUUGCUAGGGGUGGGGUAAGGGAAGAAUGGAACAUGAUCACAGAACCUACAGCUUUUCAUUGUGCUGGUAUGAUGGCUGCCCCUUCCCCAAACCACAGAGCUUUUUCACUGCAGGUUCCAGUGCUAUUUUGAAACCACUUCUUUCAUUUUCCUUCCAGCCAAACUAUAACCCCAAUUUUCUAAUCCUGGUUUUAAAAGGCUUGCAAUAUGGGGGAAAGGCUAUAUUCAGAAAUGAACAUGAGGUAAAAACAAAAAGAGUUCCAAGGGCUACUUGACUAACCAGGUGGAAUGUCAGUAUUGGGAAGCGACGAGAUAACUUUUCUCUAGAGUGUAAGCUGCCCACUGUAUAAAUAUACCACCAGGCCAUCUCUUUACCUACAGCAUGGACAGUCACCUUCAUGAAUCUUUUAAAAUUUAACUUCUGCUCCCUGGUCGUGUACCUGAAAGGACUGUGCUCUAUGGUUAGAAAAACAAGAUGCCAAAUGAGUUCAGUUCUCCCAGGACUCUUGGGGAGGUGAUGAAGUCAGAAUCAUAAUAUUCACAAAAUUCCAGUCCUUGCUUUCCUUGGGUUGGAAUUCUCGGGUCAGUCCACUGGAGUAGGUUGGGUUUAGGGAACCAGCUGGUCAACCUAGAACUUUCUGUCUUUAACUCUUGCCCCAAAGUUUUUUCCAUUGUUUUUGGUACCAGGAGUGUGUGUGUGCACACACACAUAGACACAGUACAACUGCAGAGACCUGAGCGUGCCUUCAUAUGACACUACUGACAUGGAAUCUAGGCUCCCUGAGGAAGUAAGGAAAGAGGAUGGGUUAGGGCGAGGGGAGGUUUCUAUUUUAGUGUUUCUGUCUAUAGCAAUUUACGGUUCUCACCCUGGCUGGCCCUCUCAGAUUCCAUUUUCCUGCUGACUGCUCUUGUGUCUGUUAAAUAGGGAAAACUAUAUCUUCCAGACCCUUAAAUGAGGUGCUUGGUUAGAUCUGUGUUCUUCAGUAUAAGGUGUCUGCAUUGCUGCUUUAUCUAAACUUGCUAGAUGCUUAACCGACAUAUUUGUUAGGGGAUGUCCUCUGUAACUUCAGGACUAAUGUCUUUACUGCUUCAGCUUUUCACACAAAGUAUUAAAACAUUGUUGUGUAUGAAAACAUUUGUGCCUAAAAAUGCUUCUAAACUGUGCAACCCAAGUAGAUGAAGCCAGCUCAAGAUGAGCUUAGAGUCAUGCAUAUCCCCUCAAUGAGUCAUGGCCUACAGAAAGUCUAGAUAGUGAGAGGUCUGCUCAGAUCCAUGUGCUUAUACAGGAGUUAAGCAACCUGCCCAGAGCAAAAUCUGAAUUUACUUUUUCCUGACAUCACAACUAGAUCAUGCUGUUAAAAGAGGAUCCUAUGAAAGAGGUAAGACAGACAUUCCCAUUUGAAAGAUAAGAGAGAUGGUGAGCCUGUCUGAGGUCCUACAGCCAGUAAAGAGCAUCAUCAGCUUUUCUGACACAAGACCAGCGCUUCUCUCCAUGCCACCCCUCACCAGGGACUGUUUAGCAUAAUGAAGAGGGAUACUGCUUCUGCUCAGGUCCCUUUGACUAGUGUGCUCUAGUGUUGCCCAUGACUAUUCACUAUUCCUUCACAAACAACUGAAACUGCACAUAGAUAGAUGCCCUCUUACACACACCCAGCAUUUUUUCAUUUUUCUUCAAGAUUGAAGCCUUAACAAUUUUGUUAGAGCUCUGGCAUGGUUUUAAGAAGGCACAGAUACCUAUGUUUUACUUUGUGUUGAUGCCUUGACCUUACUUAGCUAAUACUGCAUGUGCCCCAAGGAGAAUAAACUUAGAAAUGCCAACUGGGCAUUCAAAUUGAACAUGUACAAGGCCCAUGAUUAUGUGUCAAAGGAAAGGGACAAACUACGCCAAGAACUGAAUUGUAGUUGACAGAAACUGAUUCCUCUGCAAAUAAUCUUUGCCCCGAUAUCUCACAUCAGACAAACUUAGGGCAUUGAGGGAGAAAUGUACCCAUUCAGUAACUACAGGGAAGACUGAGUCGUCUACAGAGCACACCUGGAAAGUAAAAAUAAUGAGAGGAUAACUUUGCUCUCACUGCCACUUGAGCUGAAUUUAUUUCAGUUUUGUACAACACAGACCAGGCAGCUAUAAAUACCAUAGCUUUAUCAGUACCCUAAACAAGAUAAUGCCUCACUUUUUAAAAGGUGUCAAGGCCCAAGCAGGGAAGAAACAGCCAGAUCCCCUCCCAAGCCUGAGCCCAUGUUAGGGGCAAGAUGGAAGUAAUGUCUAGUCUUCUCAUAGCCCUUCCUCUUACCCUGACCACACAGGGUGGGAUCCUAGGGGUAUUUACAAUGAAGUUGGGAUUGGUCAGUGAAAAGGAUGAAACGAGAAAGUUCCAUACUUUGUUCCUAAGGCUUUAUAAAGUGCAUUUACCUCCCCAUCAGAUAAAAAAUAGUGCCACCAUCCUCCCACUGCCCCAGCUGGCAGGUGGUUUUCUGUGCCACUGCCCUGACCAGGCCUGUGCUUACAGUCACAGCUACUUCCUUCUGCCACCACAGCCUCAGCCACAGAAGUCAUAAUUUUUUAAAAAAAAAAA